GGCAGGGCGCACUUACCGUCGGUACUUCCCUUCUCCCAUCAUGCCCUAGCAAGCAAGAUCCAACUCGUUUAAUCCUCUGGUUUUAUCCGAAUUAAUUGGUGGCUGGGCCCUUACAUACCUGCGUCUUUAUAUGUGGCCUUUGGUCUUCCCCUUGGAUCUCCAGUUUCCCAAACAGACUUUUGCCUUGCUUUAGCUCACUGAGAAGCUGCUCACUCGCCUUUUCCCCUUUCACCGUCGCCUGCUUGUUGGUAGCUUCUGUUUGCGCUUUUUCGCUCGCCGCUCUCUGGUUUGUAGGUUUUGGAAGAGCCAUAUAGGGUGGCCUUAUCUUUCCUUUGUUCAGGCAGCUGAUUGGCUUCUUUCUCUCUCCCUUUCUCUGCAAAAGAGUUUUGGGAGUGCUACGGUUUUGGUGGUGCCGGGUCCGGCGGGAGAAUUGGAUUUAUUGAACCAUGUUUAGGCAGUCCUCUAGGAAUCAGAAGAACAAAGGACUUAAGGUUAAACAUGUAUUGCAGAUUGGUUUGCUAAUUGGUGUUUGCAUGUGGUUGUUGUAUCAAGUUAAACACUCUCAUGAUAAAAGGCAGGCUUUGACUGAGGCUGACGGAGGGAUCUCAGAGAAGGUAGAAGGAAUUAGGCAUGAAAUCUUUAGUCUUGGGAGAAAGGAUCUCAGUAAUGGGAUUCAGAUGGUGACUGAUAAAACAAAAGAAGAUAAGGAAGAAGAGGAGGAAGACGAAGGCAGGCAUGAAAACCAUGAGGAACAUGAAGAUGAAGCCGUUGGAGGGGACGGUGGUGGUGGAGAAGAGAUAGAUGAACAGGAUCAGGAAAAAGGUGAUGAAGAUAUGGAGCAGGAAGAGGAGUUUAUGGAUGGUGAAGAGGAAAAGGAAAAUGAAGGUGACAAGGAGAGUCAGUCCGAUAAUUCAGAUUCAUCAGAAUCUCAGGAACAUGAUAAUGUUGGUGCAGGUGCUCAUGAUGGAGAGGGCACCUCAGAUGGUUUGAUCCAUGAUACGCAACUCAUAAGCUCUGAUAUUGCAAAAUCGGAAGAAGAGAAGGAGAACAACGAACAAGUCGAAGAUUCCAAUGAGCCUGAUCCUGAUAGAGAAAAGGAAACCAUUGAUGUUGUUUCAUCUCAGAACAAAACAGAUGAGACUGCUAUCGAGGAAACGGAAUCAAAAGGAAAUAGCAGUGACAUACCUGUAGUUUUAGCAGAGGAUGGAACAGUUGAUGAUCCUUCUCAGAAUGUGGCAACUACUGAAGAAGGUGGUGGUGUUAAACUAUCAGAGACAGAGGACGAGUCCCAUCUGAAUGUCACUGUUUCAGACCUAAACAGCCAGACAGAGUCACAUGAUAAUUCCACCACAGAGAAUGACGAAAACCGUAGUUUGGUUAAACAAGAAGGUGGAAAUGUCGCAUCAGAUGGUUCUCAAGGUGAAGAUGUGACCCUCUCCGAGUCACAUGAUCAAAAUUCCACCUUGUCUCUGUCGGAGACUCAAGUUCAGAACACAACUUUGUUCGAGUCACAAGAUCAGAAUACAACUUCAACCGAGUUGCACGAACAAGAAACAACUUUGUCUGAGUCUCGAGAUCAGAACUCAACUUUGUCUGAUCCAGGAGAUGAAGGCACAACUUCGGAAUUGCUUGACCAAAACACAACGUUGUCCGAGUCACAAGAUCAAAACAUAACAUCGUCUGCUUCACAAAAUCAAAACACGACCCUAUCAGAGUUUCAAGAUCAGAUUACAACUCCAGAGUCACAAGAUCAGAAAACAACUUCAUCUGAGCUGGAAGAUCAAAAGAUAGCUCUCUCUGAGUUUCAAGAUCAGAAUACCACCCAGUCUGAGCAACCAGAGCAGACUGAAACCAUUCCUGGUCAUGCCGAAAGCCAUGAAAACUCGGAGCUGUUAGCCACGGAGGAAGAAAGAGAUGCCCUAACAGAUUUGACAACCUUGCCACAACAUGAUGGUGAGGACGCUGAAGCUAAAGCUGUAGCAGCCGAAUGAUGAUCUUCGGGAAUAUAUUGGGGGAUAUAUUGGUGGUAGGCUUUUGUGCCUUUCCAACUCAAGCAACCAGAGUUGGCUUGUAUUCAAGUAGUUUUGAAUCUCUUCAUCACUAAAAGAUGAUGAUGGAGAUCUAAAUUUCCGUCACCUAUGUUUGUUUUGUUUUCCACAGAAUAAUAUGGAUGUUCUGCAACUUCAA